AUGAUUGAACAGAUACCACGAAUAGACAGACGAAUAGUUAAGGUCCUGUUUAAAAAUCUACCAACAACCCUGGAUGAUGUCUAUAAUUCGAUCCUUCUCAGAGCUCCGAACCAAGUUCAGGCAAAAAGACUGCUGCAAAUAAUUGUAGCAGCGACCCGACCACUUCGGCUUCGUGAAGUUGGUGUUGCAUUGGCUAUCACAGAAGAAACCGAAUGCUACGAAGAUCUAGAGCUGCAAAAUGACGAGCAGCUUGCGAUAACCGCCCGCAAUAUCUGUGGACUCUUCGUUCACAUAGUAGAUGACACCGUCUUCCUGAUCCAUCAGUCUGCCAAAGACUUCUUAAUAUCGCUAUCCGAAAAAGUUUCACGCAUUGCGCCCAGCUGGAAGCACUCUAUUUCCGUAUCCGACUCGGCUUUACUACUUACUUCAAUCUGUAUCCGCUUUUUGUAUCUCAAAGAGCUGAGAAAGAAGAAAGCGCCCCCAGUCAGAGAUGCUCUGGAAUUGGCUUCCACCUAUGACUUUCUUGAGUACUCAGCAAAUAGUUGGGCUGUGCACUUUGGUCGUAUGACAAUUCAAGAUCGCCAUGAGUUUCUCCCUCAGGCUAUGGAUCUAUGUUCUAUGGAGACAGACCAAUAUAUGGACUGGGAGAUCGCUGUUCGGGGAGUUGGACGCUCCGUCCACCCUUUCCCUCUAUACAUCGCCUCAUACCUAGGUCUGGACAUGGUUGUUCGAGCACUACUUACUUCCCAUGGCGUUGAUGUUAACUCCACUACUGACGAUAGUCGAACUCCUAUUUUGUUAUCUAUUGAAAAAGGUCACAAGGGAAUUGCGGAAACCUUUCUUGCCGUACCCGGGAUUGAUAUUAAUAUGCCUAGCAGCAAAGGAAAUUCACCCCUAUCUACCGCUAUAAGUCUAGGUCACAAGGAUAUUGUGAAGCUUCUUCUUGCUAUCCCCGGCAUUGAUAUCAACAUAACUAGCGGGGGUUGCCUUCCACCUCUACUUUUCGCUAUUUGUGAAGGCAAUGAGAGCCUUGUGAAGCUGCUCCUUGCUACACCCGGCAUUGAUAUCAAUACAGCUAGCGGUGGUGGCCUUACAAUUCCUAGCGCAGAUAAUAUAUAG